AAGAGACUGCGGCUGAGAGGGGCACCUAUACGCGUCCUUCCGUUGUCUUCAUCUACCAUGCAGAGGGUGUCUGAUUCAGUUACAUCAAUCUUCCGGUUGGAAACUAAGGACGAACGCCUUGCCACCUGCUUGCAAGGGGGUUCAACCAUAGUCUACAGCGAAAAGUUCGGACUGGGGUGGCGUUUUGGGCUGCAGUACACCAAAGGAGGUUGGGCUUUUGCUAAAGUGAAGGUUUACCUUGAUCACACCCAUUGCUCGUCGGCGACAGACGCCGCCACGGUGACUGUAUGCCUUAAAGACUCGGAUGGGUCUGGUUCACCUGCAGAGGUUCCUUCUUUUGACAGCAGAACGGUCUCGGUUGCUGACUUUGGCCAUGGCCCCCCCGCACUUCUUGGCUCGUUCUCGCCAUCCACUAUUGUUGCACACCCUUACAUGUGGUUUACGGUCACUACGAAAGCAAACUUUGCCCCAGUUAUCGCUGACCCCCUCAUCAAUACUGCGUCUGCUCUCAGGCUGUCCAUGAACAGCGGUGAAUUCGUCGACACCAAGUACUAUGUCAUGUCCAAGCGUAAAACUUGGCGAUCGUCAGGAGAGACCCGCUUCGUAUAUGCGAAUAAUACAGUUUUAGACCACGGCAUUGACGCCGGCGCGCUGAUGUGGGACGCCGAGCAAUAUGAUUAUGGCUUCGAUAGCGACAUCGAGGAAGAAGAAGUAAAAGAGAAAGAAGAGGUGAAACAGAAACAAAAACAGAAACCGAACUGGAAACAGAAACCGAAGGGAAAAGAACAAGGAGCGCCUAGCCAGCCCCCACCUUAUCGUUAUAGCCAGAGCUACUCCCCUGGAGCGGCAUCUUCUGAGUUCGAUGCAUCUGAUACCACUUCUGAUAGCAGUGCUUCAAGUUCAGAUGAUGACGCCGACUUCAGCUGGACGGAAUGGGCGGCUACGCGGCCUCCAGGUUCCUGCUCGACGGAUACAUUGAAGGCUGAGCCGCUGCCUCAACCCUUUUCUUCGACCCAGAAAAUGGUGUUGGUUCGGAACACGGCAUACGCGACCUGGGCAUCCUAUGUAUACUAUUGCUACACUGGCCAGGUUUCUUUCCAUCCUCUGAAGUCCAAAGAUCCGCUCAGCCGGCGCAACAACACAACACAAACUUUACGCUGUUCUCCCAAGUCAAUGUACCGACUCGCCAUUAAGCUCAAGAACGCACGUUUGGAAGCUCUGGCGUUCCAGGCCAUCAAAUCUAGUCUAUCCCAGAGCAAUAUCUUAGACGAGGCAUUCUCAUGGUUUACAGCUCAGUACCCUGAUAUUCGAAACAUGGAACUAGAACUCCUAAUAAAGUUCCGCAGCGCACCUGAAGUAUCAAAUCGUCUGGAGAAGAUUCUUGAAAGUGUUUCCCGAGGAGAAAGGCCUUAUGCACAUGCUAUGCUUCAUGCCUUUUUGGCAAGUUUGACACGGCAGGGGCCGGGUGGUACACAGUGA